AUCGUGCUCUUGACACUGAUGGCGGCGUAUGUUAAGACUUAGACCAUUUAGAGGAUUUAUUCUCAACAAAUACAUUAAUGGUGAGAGCUUCAGCAAGAUUAUGUAAUGACCUGAGAACGUGUGAGAGCUGCUGUGGGGUUAUAGUAACACACGAGAGUCAGAGAUCUCCAGUGUGAAGAUGGAGGAGUCUGGCAGUUCAAGAUGGGCGCUGGUUAUCCGUGAUGAUGGUGAGGCCAGUGUGGUGCCACUGUCUGAUGUACCCGUCAUUCAGCAGGAAGGAACAGCAGGAGCGGACAAGAAUCCCACCGUUAUUGUUCUACAGACACAAGAGCGAGAUGAAGCGACAAGUUGUUGUUCUGUUGCACCAAAUGUCACAGAGGGCAUUGCAGGGGAUGGUGGAGGAACAGAAAGACCCAGGACCAAUGCUGAAAAUAUUACAAACUUCAUCAGUCUGUCUGGAGACCAAGUGGAAGGUUCUGUGGAUCACCUUGGUGGUACCGUGAUCACAAUAGCUGAUGCAUCUGAGCCACUCGCAACUAUUGGUUCAGAGUCACUGGAAAACAUUGAGAUCAGUGUCCUGGCACAUGAGGAGACGGCACACACUAUACACGCCAAUGAAUUAAAUAGAGACAUCCCCAAAAAGCCUGAACCCAAGGAAGACGUUGAGUGUUCCACAGCUGGUUGUGAUAAUGGAACAAAUACUAAGAUGAUCGCUGACAGUAAGAGGAGAGGUGAUGAUACUCAAGAAGCAAGAAGAGAACAUUUAGGAUAUAAACAGGUGGAGAAUAAAGAUGAUGUAGAAGACCAGAAGAAGGAAAAUUUUUGCACAAGUUUUAACAGAUGGGCCAGAAAAUUAGCUUAUUGUGACGAUGUAGUCGAGCCUUUUGAAAAGAUGGAAGCUACACUACACAAAGACCUAAUAUCAGAAUUAGGACUUGCCUCGGACAGUGGUAUAUUCAUCAGCCUCCACCAACAGGGCAUCGCCAGAGGUGUCAGAGUUACAGAAACCAGUCCAGAUCAAAUAGUUGUGUCAGGCUCUUUGGUGGAGCUCUUGGCCUCCAGGGAUAUGAUUCUCUUAGAAAUACAAAAAAUCAGAGGAUUACCAGUUUUACCACAGUUGAGUGUUCCUGCUGGCACACGAGAAGUGGGAGUGAUGUGUGAGUUAAUUCCCUCGCCUCCCACUGCUCGUUAUGCUUCCUCCUUGGGUCUGGACCGUUCUGCCCGCCGAUAUCAUUCCGUCCUCUCCCGUCCUCUUUCGCCAGAGCCUCGCCCACAGCGUAGACGACCACGUAAACAUAUGCUGUCUCAUUCUAAAGUGAGAAAUUCUGACAAACAUCACAUACUAAGGAGUUAUAGUGAGAGAAUAUAUAACAAACAGUUGCACCAUGAGACAGAUAGAAAUGGUGAGUGUAAUAUUAAAAUUGAGAAAGAGAGUGAAGAUACAGUGUCCAGAAGGAAUUGUGUGAACUCUCAAGAACAGAGCCCAAGUGUUGAAAUACUGUUUGGGAAUUUGAAGACUGAACCAGAAUGUGAUGAAACAAUUAUUGUAAGUAAUAUUGGUGAUGCUGAGGUGAGGACCAUUGAUAGAGGCAGUAUGAGUGAUACCAAGAGUGUGGUGGUUAAUAAACUUGAUGAUGGCUUUAGUUUAUCCUCUAUAACAAAAGAUACUGUAUUAAAACCCCUGGAUGACAGAGGAGUUCAGUUUGGAGGAUGUGAAGUUGUGGAAGGCUCGAACAAUAAAGAAAAUAUUGAUGAUACCAUUUAUGUGAACAAAGCAAAGGAAAAAGAUGAAGAGGAGGAAGAAGAGGAAGGAAUAGAUAUGGACUUAGAAAAUGACAAAAUGAUCUGUGAACCUGAGAUUAGUAUGUCAGAAGGUCUUGAGGAUGACAUGUCAAAGGAUCCUUCUAAUGAUCAAGUGAAAUUCAAGUUCUCGUGCAAGAUCUGUUCAUAUAAGAGCAUGAGGGAGAACCACUUUGUAAAACAUAUGCAGCUUCAUGACAAGGGUUUGGCAUUGUAUCGCUGUAAUGAGUGCAACUUUGUAUCAAUCCGUGCCAGUCACCUUCGCCGCCACAAGAUGUCACACGCACAACAGGUUCUCAACUGUCAUCUCUGUGCUUAUACUUGUGAUGAUCAAAAACUGCUCACUAAACAUAUGCGAGCUAAACACCAGACAUCAAAACAACCAAAACCUAUUGGUAGUGUGUUUGAGUGUGAUGAGUGCGAAUACAAAACAAGUUGGCACUAUGCCUACCAGAGGCAUCGUCGUACACAUUCACCCUCCAAGAUGGUCGUUAUGCAUACUUGUCCUCAGUGCUCGUACAAGACCAUGAGACGGGAACACUUUUUAAGGCACAUAAAAAAUGUACACCAGAACUGCAGGCCAUUCUUGUGUGAUAUCUGUGGCAAAGCUUUCAAGAGACAAGAUGCCUUAAAGCAACACUAUGUGUCACACUAUCAAAACCUAGCAGAAGGCAGCAGUGGGCAGGUGGGACCAUAUGGGUUUGUCUGCCAUAUAUGCCAGAAGGUCUGCAGGUCUGCUACUUAUCUCAAAGAACACAUGGCCACCCACUCUGAAGAGCGAUCCUUCCUGUGUGAAGUGUGUGGAGCCUCGUUCAAAACUCGCUCCGUCCAGAGAAAUCAUGUCCAGACUAUACACAGACGACCACGUGCAUUUACCUGCCCAGCUUGUGAGAAAAAGUUCAACACAAAAUUUGCCUUACGUCGUCAUAUGAAACAACACGAUGCAAAGUAA